AUGGAGCUCUUCCUUGCAGCAUCAGUGACAGCAGCCUGGUUUUUCCUUCUAGCAGCUUGGAGGGAGCAAGGAAAUAUGAGAGUCUGGAAAUGGAGCCAAGAAAAGUUCAGCUGGGCCCGCAUCGUCUUAAAACUCAUCUGGAAUGUGACAACAUCAAGUACUUUCCAGUAUGUAGAUGAGGAAACAGGAGGACGGAGGGGUCCCAGAGGAGACAAAGGACCACAAGGAGAUAGGGGUCCACCAGGUCCACCAGGCAGAGAUGGUGAAGAUGGUCUACCAGGCCCCGCAGGGCCCCCUGGUCCUCCCGGUCUUGGCGAAAGCUUUGCUGCUCAGUACGAUGGAGCCAAAGCAGCUGAUCUUGGCCCUGGACCAAUGGGUUUUAUGGGACCCAGAGGCCCACCUGGAUUAUCUGGACCCCCUGGCACUCCAGGCUACCACGGACCUCCUGGUGAACCUGGUGAACCUGGUCAAACAGGUCCCCAAGGUUCUCGUGGUCCAAUUGGUCCCCCUGGAAAGGCUGGUGAAGAUGGCCAUCCUGGAAAACCUGGAAGAUCCGGUGAGCGAGGUGUUUCUGGCCCUCAGGGUGCUCGUGGCUUUCCUGGAACCCCUGGUCUGCCUGGUUUCAAAGGAAUAAGGGGACACAAUGGUCUGGAUGGUCGGAAAGGAGAACCUGGCACUCCAGGCAACAAGGGUGAACCUGGUGCUGCUGGUGAAAAUGGUACCCCAGGACAACCUGGUGCUCGUGGUCUCCCUGGUGAAAGGGGAAGAGUUGGUGCUCCUGGCUCAGUUGGUGCUCGUGGCAGUGAUGGAAGCAACGGUCCCACUGGCCCUGCUGGCCCUCUUGGUUCUGCUGGACCGCCAGGAUUCCCAGGUGGCCCUGGACCCAAGGGUGAAAUUGGAUCUGCUGGUGCUUCUGGUCCAUCUGGUCCUGCUGGUCCACGUGGUGAGCCUGGACUCCCUGGUGCUUCUGGUCCUGUUGGCCCUCCAGGUAACCCUGGUGCCAACGGCAUUAAUGGUGCUAAAGGUGCAGCUGGUCUUCCUGGUGUAGCUGGUGCUCCUGGCCUGCCAGGUCCUCGUGGCAUCCCUGGUCCAUCUGGCCCUGCUGGCGCUGCUGGUGCUAGAGGGCUCAGUGGUGAACCUGGCCCUGCUGGAGCCAAGGGAGAAACUGGUAACAAGGGUGAACCUGGUUCUGCUGGCCCAUCUGGUCCUGCUGGUCCAAGUGGCGAGGAAGGCAAGAGGGGCGUCAAUGGUGAGCCUGGCUCUAGUGGUCCUCCUGGCCCAGCAGGUUUAAGAGGCGUUCCUGGAUCUCGUGGUCUCCCUGGAUCUGAUGGCAGAGCUGGUAUGAUAGGCCUUGCUGGCAACCGUGGUGCUACUGGUGCUGCAGGAAGCAAAGGUCCCAAUGGUGAUGCAGGUCGCCCUGGUGAACCUGGCCUGAUGGGUGCAAGAGGUCUCCCCGGUCAAUCUGGAAGCCCAGGCCCUGCUGGCAAAGAAGGUCCUGUUGGUUUGCCUGGUACUGAUGGUCGCGCUGGCCCUACUGGCCCAGCUGGUCCAAGAGGUGAACCUGGCAACAUUGGAUUCCCUGGACCAAAAGGCCCCAAUGGUGAACCUGGAAAACCUGGUGACAGAGGCAGUGUUGGUCUUGCUGGCUUACGGGGUGCUCCUGGUCCCGAUGGAAACAAUGGAGCUCAAGGACCACCUGGUGUUGUUGGCAAUCCUGGUGGUAAAGGAGAAUCUGGUCCAGCUGGUCCCCCUGGCUUCCAAGGCCUUCCAGGUCCCUCAGGCCCAGUUGGUGAAGCUGGCAAACCAGGAGAAAGGGGUCUUCAUGGCGACUUUGGUCUCCCUGGUCCUGCUGGUUCACGAGGUGAACGUGGUGCUCCAGGUGAAAGCGGUGUCAGUGGUCCUUUAGGUCCCCUUGGAAGCCGUGGUCCAUCUGGUGCACCAGGGACUGAUGGUAACAAGGGUGAACCCGGUGCUGCCGGUGCAGCUGGUGCCCCAGGUCCAGCUGGUCCUGGUGGAAUCCCUGGUGAGAGAGGAAUUGCUGGUGGUCCAGGAGGCAAAGGUGAAAAGGGUCCAACCGGCUUCAGAGGUGAUCCUGGAACAUCAGGAAGAGACGGUUCACGUGGUGUUCCUGGUGCAGUUGGUGCCCCUGGUCCUGCUGGAAGUGCUGGUGAAAGGGGUGAAGCUGGUUCCGCUGGCCCUGCUGGCCCUGCUGGCGCUCGUGGAACAUCUGGUGAACGUGGUGAGGUUGGUCCUGCUGGUCCCCCUGGAUUCGCUGGCCCUCCUGGUGCAGCUGGUCAAACUGGUGCUAAAGGCGAACGAGGUCAAAGAGGCCCUAAAGGUGAUGUAGGCCCAUCUGGUGCUGUCGGCGCUGUUGGAAACUCUGGCCCUGCCGGUCCCGUUGGCCCUUCAGGUCCUAGUGGAGGUCGUGGUGAUUCUGGCCCACCUGGUGUCACUGGUUUCCCUGGUGCUGCUGGAAGAACUGGACCUCCUGGCCCUUCUGGUGUUACUGGUCCCCCUGGUCCUCCUGGUCCAGCUGGCAAAGAGGGUAUCAGAGGACAACGUGGUGACACUGGACCAGUUGGCCGUACUGGUGAAUCUGGAAUUGUUGGACCACCUGGUUUCAGCGGAGAGAAAGGCCCAAGUGGAGAAAGCGGUGCUGCUGGUGCUCCUGGUACCCCAGGUCCUCAGGGUCUUCUUGGAGCUCCUGGUAUCCUUGGUCUGCCUGGUUCUAGAGGAGAACGUGGUCUCCCAGGCAUUGCUGGAUCAUUCGGCGAGCCUGGUCCUCUUGGUAUUUCUGGUCCCCCAGGUGCCCGUGGCCCUGCUGGUCCCAUUGGCUCCCCUGGUGUGAAUGGUGCCUCUGGUGAAGCCGGACGUGAUGGAAAUCCAGGUAAUGAUGGCCCUCCAGGUCGUGAUGGUGUUCCUGGUUACAAGGGUGAACGUGGUGGUCCUGGCAACCCUGGUCCUGCUGGUUCUCUUGGUGCUCCUGGCCCCCAUGGUACUGUCGGUCCUUCUGGUAGACCUGGAAAUCGUGGUGAACCUGGUCCUGUUGGUAUUGCUGGUCCCACUGGCCCUGCUGGAGCAAGAGGUCUUCCUGGCCCACAAGGUCCACGUGGUGAGAAGGGUGGUCCUGGUGACAAGGGACCUAGAGGCCUUCCUGGUCUGAAAGGACACAAUGGACUUCAGGGACUGCCUGGUAUCGCAGGUCACCAUGGAGAACAAGGUCCACCUGGUGUUACUGGUCCUGCUGGUCCACGGGGUCCUUCUGGUCCUUCUGGUCCCAGUGGAAAAGAUGGCCGCAAUGGUCUGACCGGACCUAUUGGGCCUGCUGGUGCGCGUGGUUCUCAGGGUAGCCCAGGUCCUUCUGGUCCACCAGGUUCACCUGGUCUUCCUGGCCCACCUGGUGUCAAUGGUGGUGGAUAUGAAAUUGGCUACGAUGCAGAAUACUACCGGGCAGAUCAGCCUUCUCUCAGACCCAAGGACUAUGAAGUUGAUGCCACUCUGAAAACAUUGAACAACCAAAUUGAGACCCUCCUGACCCCAGAAGGCUCUAGGAAGAAUCCAGCUCGCACCUGCCGCGACUUGAGACUCAGCCAUCCCGAAUGGAGCAGUGGUUUCUACUGGAUUGACCCUAACCAAGGCUGCACCAUGGAUGCCAUUAGAGUGUAUUGUGACUUCUCUACUGGUGAGACCUGCAUCCAUGCCAAUCCAGAAAACAUCCCAACUAAGAACUGGUAUACUAGCAAGAAUCCUGCAGACAAGAAGCACAUAUGGUUUGGAGAAAUUCUCAACGGUGGUACUCAGUUUGAGUACAAUGAGGAAGGUGUGACUACCAAGGACAUGGCCACCCAACUUGCCUUCAUGAGACUACUGGCUAACCGUGCUUCUCAGAAUAUCACUUACCACUGCAAGAACAGCAUUGCUUACAUGGAUGAGGAGACAGGCAACCUUAAGAAGGCAGUGAUUCUGCAGGGAUCCAACGAUGUUGAACUACGAGCUGAAGGCAACAGCAGGUUCACUUUCAGUGUUCUUGAAGAUGGCUGUUCUAAAAAGACCAAUGAAUGGGGCAAAACAAUUAUUGAAUACAGAACAAAUAAGCCAUCUCGCCUGCCCAUCCUUGACAUUGCACCUUUGGACAUUGGUGGCGCUGACCAAGAAUUCGGUUUGGACAUUGGCCCAGUCUGUUUCAAAUGAAUGAACUAAAACUAACUUAAAACAAAAAACAAAAAAAAUUCUCUCUUUUGCCAUUUCUUUUUUAUACUGAAAGCUGACUCCUUCCAUUUCUUCUGUUCAUCUACUUGCUUAAACUCUGGGCGAAAGAGGAGGAGGAGGAUUUGUUGGAGCGUUGUGCAAUGCAAUUUAAUACAGCCCCAAAAGGAAUCGGAAGUCUUUCAAGAUUUUAACACCUUGUUGUGGAAAAUGUCAGCCUUUGUGUGUAAAACAAAAAAACCCAAAAAAACAAAAACAAAAUAAAAAAUCCUGAAAGUUUGCACCACUUGUGGCCUUUGAAUAUCUUCCACAGAGGAAGUUUAAAACCACAACUUCCAAAAGGUUUGAACUACCUCAUUACACUUUAAGCCAAGUGUGAUCCACAUUCUUAUACAUAUGACCUGAGGUGCUUUUGGUCCCAUUCAUAAUAGAAAGGUGCUGAUAGAGUAUAUGACCAAUACUUGAAUUUUAAUGGUGCUAGUGUCAUUUGAGGAAAAGAAAACCACUUUUCUGUAUUAAGUUGUAUUGUGUCUUUGGAAUCUGUCUCAAAAUAAAGUCAGAAUGUCCCAUCUCACCCCCAGACUAAGCAUGUGGAUCAUUUCCUUGCUCUCCCCUGCCCCCCCAUCUUCAUCCUCUUCUUCAACAUCAGGUGUUCAUGCUUUUAAAUCUCAUUUUCAUCCUCUACAAUGGGCAGAAAAGGAAUCAUCGUUUCUCAACGAAAAAAAUUUGUACCUAUUUUGUAUAUGUGAGAUGUUUAAAUAAAUUGUGAAAAAUUGAAAUAAAGCAUGUCCAGUGUUCCAAAAGAAACCACUGAAUGAGUAAAGUUCCUUGCCUAAGUGCAUCAAUUGAUAUAUUUGCACCUAAUGUUUCCUUUCUGACUCUGCUUCUUGUCUAUUAAAAACAGAAAGAAAGCAA